AUGAAAGUUGAAAAAGAAGUUAUGUGCUUUUUUUGUAGAUCAAUGCAUUUACCAAUUGAUGAAGACAUUUUUAAAAAGUUUUACAACAAUCAGAUAGAUGCUAUACCAUUUUCAAAAAGUACAGUUGAUGAAGAUGGUUUUAAGAUGCCAUAUAUAAUAAGUUCAACAUGUAAGACUUUUUGUCUUGAACAAUCAAAAAAAUUUUUUUACAACAUAUUUGUUAUAAAUAACAAUGUCAAUUUGUCAUCAAUUCAACUUAUAAAAGAACAAUUAAAAGAAAUGAAUGCAUUUAUUCAACUUAUGAAAAAUCAAAAUAUACCACAAUCAGAAGUUGACAAUUUUAAGAUUAUUGUUUGCUUAGAAAAGAAUUUAUCAAAAAUAAUUAAUAAACUUAAAAAUUUACCAAAAUAUAAAGCUGAUUUUUUUAUUAAUCAAUUUUUUAUUAGUUAUUUUCAUAAGAUGGAUGUUUAUUAUAAUUUUUUAACAAAUAAAGAUUAUAGAAUAUAUAUGGUAAAUGAAAAUAAAAACAAUUUUAUUCAUAUUAAUCAACAUUUAUUUUUAUUCAAAAUUUAUUUUUGUAAAUAUAUAACCUUAAUUUAA